UCGCAGGGUGUAAUGUGGUGCAGCGCAUUCAGGAUGAGGUUAAUCUGUAAACAGGUAUGGAUUACACUCGCAGUGGUAACUGCAGCAUUUAUGAUAGCUACUUCAAAUUCAGAAUCACCACCGUUAUCAGUGGCGUCGCCAUGCUCAUUCACCUCCAUCUUCAGUUUUGGAGAUUCUCUUGCUGACACUGGCAAUUUCUAUUUUGAGCGCCCUUCUCAUCACUGCUUCCAACCACCCUACGGUGAAACCUUCUUUCACCAUGUCUCUGGACGCUGCUCCGAUGGCCGCCUCAUCAUCGAUUUCAUCGCUGAGUCAUUGGGACUUCCAUUGGUGAAAGCUUAUAAGGAAAAGAAGAACGCGGAGGGAGGAACCAAUUUUGCUGUGAGUGGAGCCACGGCUUUGGAGGCAAGGUUCUUUGAAAAGAGGGGCUUUUCUAUCCAAACCAAUAAUUCUCUGACAGUUCAAUUGAAUUGGUUCAAGGAAUUGCUUCCUUCUCUCUGCAAUAAUUCCUCAGAUUGUUCUGAAGUUUUUGGGAACUCGUUAUUUGUUAUGGGUGAAAUUGGAGGAAACGAUUUCAAUUUCCCUUUGUUUCGUCAAAAGAACAUACCAGAGAUUAGAACAUAUGUUCCAUAUGUAAUCAAUGCAAUAACUUCAGCUAUUCAUGAGUUAAUUGAUGCAGGGGCUCGAACACUAAUUGUUCCAGGAAAUUUGCCAAUUGGAUGUAGUGUUAUUUAUUUAAGAAUUUAUGAGACCCUAGAUAAAGAGCAGUAUGACCAGAGUGGGUGUUUGAAGUGGUUAAAUGAGUUUGCUGAAUAUUACAAUCAUGAGCUCCAGAGUGAAUUAGACAAGCUUAGAACACUUCAUCCUCAUGCCAAUAUCAUUUAUGCUGAUUAUUACAAUGCUGCAUUGCGUUUAUAUCGUGACCCCACAAAGUUUGGAUUUAUGAGUAUUAAUUGUUGUUGUGGAAAGGGAGAUCCAUACAAUUUCUGUGGCACUGAAAGCUUCAAUGUUUGUGAUGAUCCUUCCAAGUAUAUUGGAUGGGAUGGAUUGCAUUUAACCGAAGCUGCAUAUAAAUUAAUCGCGCAAGCUUUUAUAGAAGGACCAUAUUCUCAACCUCAAUUUAGUUCGUUGUGUUUGCCCAAUGCAAACUUUGGUCAUUUCAAUUAUUGAACUAUUUUUUCUUUGUUUGAAAGGAAGUGAGACGAGUUCAUUGUAUCUCUUUGUGAUAUAUAAUAUUCUACAAACUUAUU